GCGUUUAUAGUGCUGGAGGAAAGUAUUUGUGCUCGUUUUUUAAUAUGUCAGAAGUCAUUUGUGGAUCUGAUGACAGCACACGACCAAGCAUGAAGACAACACAAAGGCACGAAAACAAGCACAUGGGAACAAGAGCAAGGUCUGAGCGUGUGCUUCAUCCCAGCCCUCGCUUUCAUACACAUGUGGUUCAUAUUUAAGCCAUAGUGCUGUUCCACUGGACGAUUUGGCUCUGAUCUGCUGGUCCCACAUUCCCUGCUUUUUACUCUUAACUUAGCUGAACUUGAGCUGGUGCGUGAACACUAAAAUGAUUAAUAACCAUAAUAGUUAUUAUUAUUUCAUACACAACAACAGGUAAGUAUGUUAGUGUUAAUAUUAUUUAACAGUUAAUGAAUUGGUAAUGAAGAUGAUGAAUAUUUUCCAUUAUACCGGUUGUUGGAAAGGGCAAACAUCACUGAACUAUAAAAAAUCGAUUUCCUUGUGAUUAAAUUGUCCGCUUUUAUUGUGUUUAAAGCGAAGCCGCCAGUAAUAAUUCUAAUAAUUACUCCCUGUGGUUCCAGAUGGACUCCUCACAUUAGAAGCGUUUCCACAUCAGCCGCAUAAUCAUCAUACCAUCCAUCCCUCUACAAGAUCUCCUUCCUAGGAAGGACUCUAUAACCCCUGCAUCUGCCCAAUGAGUGAGAGGAUCUGUAGCAGCGAGCCCUCCCUCAUCUCUCUCUCUCUCCCUCCCUCUCUCUUCAUUUCUCUUAGCUCUCACUCAGUCCAACGCUCACUGAUAAAGAAGCUGUCCGACGCAAGCAUCUGAGCGACCACAGAGUCACAGUUCCGACAGACCCCGCUCAGCGUCGAACCGCGGCGUCCACCCUGUGGCUCCUUUUCAUUUGGAUUCGUACAUUUGAGCCCAGCAACAACUAGGGAUGAGUGUCUGGGGGUCCUGAGUGAAACGGUGAGACGACCGACACUUGUUGCUCAGGUAAACCUACUCUCAGCAGCCAAAAGUGCGCACAUGCUUCUGGUGCGCACAUGGCGCAAAAAGCGCGCCCCUCACGCUCCUGACAGCCGCGCAGCAUGGAGCCGCACGCUGGAUAACGAGGAUAACCUCCCGAAUGCGCGAUCGACCCAGACAACUUCACGUCAAAUCUCAUUUUCACCUGCGGCCCCAUUGGUUUGUAUUUAGAGGGAGGACUAAAACGCGCAGCCAUGCAGAGCUUGAACAGGAUCGUGGGCCUUCAGGGAGCGCGGAUUCGGAGCUGCGGUUCGCCGAGACUCAGACUCUCAUCACGAUCUUCAGCGAACCAAACCCCCGGUGCCAGGUCGAGGAUUUACUGCGCGUGUCUGCUGCUGCUGCUGGUGACGCCUCGGGCGGACUCUUCGUGGUGGUACAUCGGCGCGUUGGGGGCGCGUGUGAUCUGCGACAACAUCCCCGGCCUGGUCAGCAAGCAGCGGCAGCUGUGCCAGCGCUUCCCGGACAUCAUGCAGGCCAUCGGCGAGGGCACCAAGGAGUGGAUCAGGGAGUGCCAGCAUCAGUUCCGACACCACCGCUGGAACUGCAGCACGCUGGACCGGGACCACACCGUCUUUGGACGCGUGCUGCUGCGAAGCAGUCGCGAGGCGGCGUUCGUCUACGCCAUCUCCUCGGCGGGGGUCGUGUACGCGCUCACCCGCGCCUGCAGCCAGGGGGAGCUGAAGACGUGCCACUGUGACCCGCGCAAGCGGGGAAAGACCAGCGACGAGCGCGGCGAGUUCGACUGGGGCGGCUGCAGCGACAACGUCAACUACGGCAUCAAGAUCGCCAAGGCCUUCGUCGACGCCAGGGAGAGGACGGUGCGGGAUGCUCGGGCGCUCAUGAACCUGCACAACAACCGCUGUGGCAGGACAGCCGUGAAGCGCUCCAUGAAGCUGGAGUGCAAGUGCCACGGGGUGAGCGGCUCGUGCACGCUGCGGACGUGCUGGAUGGCCAUGGCCGACUUCAGGAAGACCGGCGACUACCUGAGGAGGAAGUACAACGGGGCCAUCGAGGUGACGAUGAACCAGGACGGCACGGGCUUUGCCGUGGCCAACAAAGCGUUCCGGAAGCCCACCAAGACCGACCUGGUCUACUUUGAGAACUCCCCGGAUUACUGCCUGCAGGACAAGGCGGCAGGCUCCCUGGGCACCGCCGGGCGCGUCUGCAACAAGACGUCGCGCGGCACCGACGGCUGCGAGGUCAUGUGCUGCGGCCGAGGCUACGACACCACGCGGGUCAAGCAGGUCACGAAGUGCGAGUGCAAGUUCAGGUGGUGCUGCGCCGUGGAGUGCAAGGACUGCGAGGAGGCCGUGGACAUCCACACGUGCAAGGCCCCCAAGCGGGCCGAGUGGCUGGACCAGACCUGAGGAGGGACCCCUCGGCCUCCUGCAAUGCAACCCCACCCCUUUCCCCCUUCGCGGGACUUCCUGUGGAACGUGGCAUUCUGGGAAAGUCUGGCCGAAAGUGCUGUGUCUCCGCCCUUCGCUGCCCCCGUCUCAGUUCAUCAUUGCAUGGCUUCUCUACCUGUCUGUGAAAGCACUCGAAUUCAGUACCCAUUAAUAUGAAACCCACCAGCUCCAUUUGUGAACUCCUGGGAUCAGACGAUGAACAGGGAAACCAGUGAACACUUUGGGGCUCGGGUGAAUUGAGCUUUAUUGAAGUUAUAGCCCAGACUGCCUACUUUGGGGGGUUUGGUUCUGGUUUGCUGCUUUCAUGAUGCUUUAAAGACACAUUUUUUCAUUAACGGAACCUUCAAACAUAACCAGUAUCAUUACAACAACGCCAUAUAUUUACAAUUUUCUUUCUUCUCGGAGGGAAACACACUUUUACCUACCGACAAAACUCGGUUGGACUUUGGGAAGAAGCUCGACAAGUGCACUUUGAGAUGUGGACAUCUGAGUGUAAGUCUGACUCUGUGGCCGAGCAGAAGUCCAGGAACGGGACUACCGGAGGAUGGGGAGACGAACUAAUGGACGGAUGCCUCAUAGGAAUUUAAUAAAACUGUUUAAAAAAAACAAGAAAAGAAAAAAAAGCUGUUUGGAAGAGAUUUAUUUAAAGUGAGACUGCACUACGUCAGCGGACGAGGAGAGAGAAGAGCCCCGACCGCAAGACGCAGUCCUGGAUGGUCGUUGGGUCACAUGUAACAACACCGGACAUGCUUCACUCCUCCGCUCCCCGGCUUGCUUGUGUAACGUUGUGUAUAUUGCCUUACGUAAACAGAUGUUCAUAUGAAAUAUAUGGCACAUUAGUAUGA